UACGGAAAGAACGCAAAAAGUGUUUUCAAAGCAACCAAAAUGAAGUUUUUCGUCACCACAUUGUCAAUUGUUUUACUGUCGGUUGUAUGGACGGUGGUGGCUGAUGUUUCCGUGAUCAAUGUUCCGGCCAAAGUUCUUGAAGAUGAAACUGUUUCGUCCAAAGUUCCCACUGAAGUAAGUGCCGACCAACUACCAACUGAAGUUUCUUCCGAAAAUCCUGACACGGUUUCCAGUAAAUUACCUGAAGUUUCUUCCGAAACUGUUGAGACAGAUUCUACUGAAUUACCAUCUGAAAUUUCGGACGAAAACGCUAUAUUAUGCGGAGCAGCUGGUUCUUGUCAAGGAAUAGGUGGAGGUGCAUUGUGCCACGAUCGAUGCAGACAAUGUUCAGGACCUAGUGGUCCUUACACACGAGGUGCAUGCUGCGGUACGCUAUGGUUAACGUGCUGCUGUUAUUACAACUAAACGAUC